AUAUAGUACACGGCUUUGCACGGCCGGAUGCAUAGCCGCUGUGCCAUCUAUAGCUCUAUAAAUUGGUGAAACUAUUGGUCACCCCAUAUCAAGUGAUCAUUCGCACUUGCAACCUUGCAUUGCAUUACUAGUAGAGAGAGAUGGCCAGAGAAAUGGAGAAGGCAAGGAAGGCCACUACUUCCCCUAAGAUCUCAACGAUGAAUGCUGGUCCAAAGAGCCCAGUAAGGAAUGGAGGAGGUAAUUCUCCGCCUCAUAAGAAGAACACCUCUGAGCCACGAGGACGGAAAAAUGAGCAGCAAAUCGUUCGGAAAGGAGGUCAAGACCAUGAUGAGGGCAAACGCCGAUCUCCAACUUCACAAACCUCGCCCAAGAGAUCACCAAGACUCGAUCAACCCCUGAGCUACUGUAGGCUUCAUACUGAGGAGAGAGCAAUAAGGCGAGCCGGUUACAAUUAUCAGGUUGCGAGCAAGAUAAAUACACAGCAAAUCAUUCGGAGAUUUGAAGAGAAGUUAGCACAGUUGAUGGAGGAGCGCGAAAUAAAGCUGAUGAGGAAGGAGAUGGUUCCUAAGGCCCAGCUCAUGCCAGCGUUUGACAAACCAUUCCACCCACAAAGGUCUACUAGGCCGCUGACAGUCCCAAAGGAGCCGAGCUUCCUGAAGCUGAAAUGCUGCAUCGGCGGAGAGUUCCAUCGCCAUUUUUGCUUCAACGGGUCAUCAGCCAAGGCCAUCAAGUAGAGUAGUAGUCCAUCUGCAUGCGCCUACAACCACAAGAUUGAUCAAGUAUUUUUGCCGUUGCACAAUGAACAUACAUACGUUUUCCAAUCGACAUACAUGCAUAUAUACGACAGAACUGGUUGCUGAUCGAUGUAAAUUUCCCCGGCCUUAGUAGCUUGCCCCUUUAACUUUUUCUCCCCUUUAUCUUUUGUAUAUUUCCUGUCAUCUUUUUUCUUUUCUUUUCUUUUCUUUUCUUUUCUUCCUCCUCUUCUUCUUUUAUUUUGUCCUCCUCGAUGUGAUCCACACUGAAAGCUAGGUAGGAACGAAACCAUGCAUGCAAAAGGGGCCAUCCGAGAUGAUCCGGACGAUGCCCUGCAUGCGCCAUGUACGCCCUGUCGAUCUGAUGGCAGUAAUAAAGCAAGGUUGCAUACAGAGUGCCAUGAUAU